GGGAACGUCGCUCGGCGCGGGGCUCUGGCGGCUUCCACUUUCGGAACUCCUUCUGACCUGAUCCCGGACAGCGAAAGGAGACGGUUGUCAAGCGGAGAGCGGGAGACCGACCGACAGACCGACCGGUGGAGAGGAGGGAAAGAACUAUUUCCGAUUGCAAACUUUCUGCGGCCUCUUCCCAUCCGGGAAGUAGGUUAGUUUGGCCCUUGUUUUACCUCCGUUGGCCCGGAAAGUGGAGCAGGAAAUCCCGGAAAGUGAGGUGUAGAGGAAGAAGGAAGCCGAGGCAGACAUCUGGACCGCUUUCACGCGAAACUGGUUUUUAAAAAAAACUAAGAGUGGCUAAGACAUCUGCCUGGAUUUUGGAUCCCCAGUUCUCUGCACCAUGCCCUUAGUUGGUUUUUUGCUCUGGGCCAUCCUUCUCAUUGUGAGCUGGUGGCCCACAUACUCCAAGGAUUACCUCUUUGCUACUCCAAGGGUGCAGCUCACUUUCAAAGAGCUCAAGGCCACUGGAACUGCACGCUUCUUCAAUUUCCUUCUCAACUCUACAGACUACCGAAUCUUACUGAAGGAUGAAGAUCAUGACCGAAUGUAUGUGGGGAGCAAAGACUACAUCCUCUCACUGGACCUUCAUGAUAUCAAUCGGGAGCCCUUGAUUAUCCACUGGCCUGCAUCACAGCAAAGGAUAGAUGAAUGUGUCCUCUCAGGAAAGAACAAUAAUGGUGAGUGUGGGAACUUCAUCCGACUUAUCCAGCCCUGGAAUCGAACACACUUAUAUGUCUGUGGCACUGGCGCAUAUAAUCCUGUCUGCACCUUUGUCAACCGGGGUCGCAAAGCACAGGCUUUUGAGCUGAACCAGUCCAUCCAGCAGGGAGGACGGGGAAGUAGAGCAGUUGACUCCUCCCUCCACCCGUCUCCAGUGGAACGCAAGGAUUAUAUAUUCUACUUAGAGCCAGAGAAGUUGGAGUCAGGCAAAGGGAAAUGCUCAUAUGACCCGAAGGUGGACACAGUAUCAGCAUUAAUAAAUGAAGAACUCUAUGCUGGCGUCUACAUUGACUUCAUGGGCACAGAUGCAGCCAUCUUCCGCACUUUGGGCAAGCAGACUGCCAUGAGAACUGACCAGUACAACUCCCGUUGGCUCAAUGAUCCAGCAUUUGUCCAUGCAAAGCUCAUCCCAGACAGUGCUGAGAAAAAUGAUGACAAGCUAUAUUUUUUCUUCCGAGAAAAAUCCACCGAUUCUCCACAGAGCCCAGUUGUCUACUCCCGCAUUGGACGCAUUUGCUUGAAUGAUGAUGGAGGCCAUUGCUGCCUAGUAAAUAAAUGGAGCACAUUCCUAAAGGCACGGCUCAUCUGUUCUGUCCCAGGGCCUGAUGGAAUCGAAACACACUUCGAUGAACUCCAGGAUGUCUUCAUCCAGCAGACCCAAGAUGUGAAGAAUCCCAUUAUUUAUGCUGUUUUUGCAGCCUCUGG